AUGGCAGAUUCAAAGGACAAUGUAAAAGUGGCAAUUCGAGUAAGGCCCUUGAAUGCAAAAGAAUCAUCAGAAACUGGCAGAAGAUGCCUAACAAUCCAUGAGUCAAGCACGAUUUCAAUUGAUGCUCGUCCUGAUCCAAAAGUCUUCACAUAUGAUUAUGUAGCUGACGAAAACGUAACCCAAGACCAAAUCUUUGAAAUAAUUGGCAAGCCAAUUGCAUGCUCCUGCUUAGCUGGGUAUAAUGGUACGAUUUUUGCAUAUGGACAAACUGGGGCAGGUAAAACUUUUACAAUUCAAGGUUUAGGUCUUAGUCUUAGUCUUAGUUAAAUUUAUAGAGUAGCUCCCGGCCAGGACCGAAGGUCCUUUUCUUCCGCCUUUUGGACGCCUCACUUGCUUUCCUUGCCCUGCUCCCAGUGUGCACCUAAGUGCCACAGGCUACCACUCAGCUCCUUCCGGUCAUGGGGCUUGGUCAUGCUAUCCCGGAAGUAGGCGAACUGGGUCACCGUGCUUCACGUCGCCAGACUAAGGUUAGAGCUAAGGAUUAACUCCUUAGUUCUUGUCGGCUCCUGCCAUGCCCUCCAAAUUGGCACUAGCAGUCCCUAGAGGAAAAAACCCUUUUUGCCCCGUGUCCUAUCGGGACGACCCUAGGAUCGUCGUUGCUGGACUGGGAGGGAAACUAGCCGGACACAAACUACCAGUACCCAUUCCAGACCUUUCCCUGGGCGGAUUGGCUUCAGGCCGCAGCAAGGUCCCCAAUCUCGCCACAGUUCCGGGAGAGGACGGGUCGGUGUCGUCGCCAUUUUAUUUGUGUAGUCAAGGUUUAGGUAUUGACGAAUUAAGUAUGAGCUUAGAAAAGCAUCAUUUAAGAGGUGUCCUCCCUAGGUGUUUUGACUAUAUUUUCAAUGAAAUUACUAGAGAAAUCCAGAUGAAUAAUUCAGAUUUCUUAAUAAAAUGCUCUUAUUUAGAAAUUUAUCAAGAACAGAUACAUGAUUUAUUAGAUACAAGCAUGCAAAAUUUACAGAUAAGAGAAGAUAUAAAAAGGGGAAUUUAUGUUGAUGGGCUAAUUGAAGAGACUGUAAACAAUGCAUUUGAGACCUAUGAAUUAUUAAGAAUUGGCGCACAAAAUAGACAUGUAGGCUCUACAUCAAUGAAUAAAGAAUCCUCUAGGUCUCAUUCUGUAUUUACCAUGCUUAUCGAAAGCAAGCACAAUAACAACGGGCUCAUGAAUUUCAGAUCCAGCCGUUUUCAUUUAAUUGAUCUUGCAGGAAGCGAGCGCCAAAAGGCUACAGAUGCAGCUGGAGAAAGACUCAAAGAAGCUGGGAAAAUCAAUAAAUCUCUUUCUGCCCUAGGAAAUGUAAUUAAUUCCCUUGUAGACAUCUCUGAAGGAAAAUCGCGCCACGUCCAUUAUCGUGACUCAAAACUGACAUUUUUGCUUAAAGAUUCUUUAGGAGGUAACUCAAAGACUUUUAUUAUUGCCAAUGUCAGUCCUGCAUCUUCAGCUUUUUCUGAGACUUUGUCAACGUUGAAGUUUGCUCAGAGAGCUAAACAAAUUAAAAAUAUGGCAGUUGUCAAUGAAGAUACAACUGGAACUGUGUUUUUAUUAAAAGAAGAAAUUAAAAGACUUAAAGAAGCUUUAGCCAAUGUGAAACCUAUGGAGUGUCCAAGGUGCUCAGGAAAGAUAGUGGAAAGGCUUGAUCCAAUUGAAGCAAAUGACGUAAAAUUUGAAUUAGAAGAAUUAUUAGAAAAGAAAAUCAAAAUUAACCAAGAGACUGAAAACUAUCUAAAAACACAAAUUCUUGAAAAAGAUCAGCAUAUUCAAAAUUUAAAUGUAUUAAUUGCGAAAUAUGAAAAGAAAAUGACAAACGAUAAAAUGGUCAUUAAAUUCAGAGAUGCCACUAUUGCAAGGCUAGCUGGACAAAAUCCGCCAAAUGAAGAUACAGAAGUAAAUAAUUUGAAAAAAGAAAUAGAAAUUCUAAAAGAGCAGAUUGAGUCUAAUCCAUCAGCUGCCAGACUUUUUGUUGAAAACGAAAGGCUAAAGCUUGAAAACCAAGAACUGCGAAGAGAGCUUAAGCGCGAUCCGAGUUCUUCGGCUGCAAGAAUUGAAGAGCUUGAACAAUUUACUCAGCAAUUAAGCAUCACGUUAAAAAAUUCUGCAGAAGACAGAGAAACCAUUAAAAACUUGUUCUUUGAAACUAAAGAGCCCAGAUCUUCUACAUUAAUUGAUGAAAGAAUAGAUUAUGAAGAAAAAAUCCUUGACCUUAAUAAGCAGCUUGAAGAUCAAGGCAAGCAGUAUAGUGAUUAUAUUGAAAAAAUUGAAGCUUUGAAUAAUAAACUUACUGCUGAAAUUGAUUUUUUAAAAAAUAAAGAAUUUAUUAGUGAAGAAACACAAAGUGAAGAUUUAGGCAUAGAAGUUUCAAUAAAAGAAGCUAGCACUGAGCAUGAUUCUUUAAGGAUAAAAAUAUCUGAAAUGGAAAAUGAAAUAGCAGAGCUUGAAAAAAUUAAACAAGAAUUAAAAAAUGAUGAGGAAAGACUAACCUCCUCAGUCAGUGAACAAAAAAAUUUUGUUCACUCACGGAGGGGGUUAAUUUUUUUUUUUUAAAAAAUUUAUAUAUAAAUUUUAUGCAAAAAUUGGGAAUCAAAUAUUAAUUUAAUUUAUAAAAUUUAUAUUUUAAAACGCAAUUUGUUUAAAAUUAAACAGAAUUAGCUUGAGAUUUCCUUAUACUAAUUAUCACUUAUAUAUCAAUUUUUUUAUAAAAAAUUUUUUCUAUUAAAAUAAUUUUUGUUCACUCACGGAGGGUGGGUUUUUGGGCAAAAAAUAGCGUUUUUCCAAUGGCUUUGCUCACUCACGGAGGGGGCAGUAAGGAAACAAAUUGAAUUAGAAGAAGAAAAAAUAGCAGAAAUUGAUAAAUUGGAAAAUGACAAAAAAGAAUUGGAAAAUAAGCUUGAAGUUUUAAGGGAAGAAAUAGAAAAGAGCAUUGAAACACAUAAUGCUAUAUCAAAGAUAGCUAUUCUAGAAGAAGAGCUUGCAUUCGAAAAAACAAAAAUUGAAGAAAAAGAAGCAGAACUAAAAAGAGCUAAUGAAGAAAUUGAAAAUUUAUCAGAAUCAUCAGAGUACCUUAAGUCAAAUAUUAGUGACCUGCAAUUAUCUCUUUCUGAAAAGUCACAACAAAUUGAAGAUUUAAAUAUCAGUUUAUCAGAUAAGCUUCUCGAAAUCGCUGAAUAUCAAGGAUUUAUUUCUGAGAAAAAACAGCAAAUAAUUGAGCUGCAAAAUUCACUGGAAGAAAAGUUUGAAAAAAUUACUGAUCUUAUAAGCAUGGUAGAGGAAAAAUCACAAAUAAUUGAAAACCUACAGAGUUCUCUUGAAGAAAAAAAUAGACUAUUUAUGGAUCUUCAAAAUAUUUUUGAUGAGAAAUCGCAUGAAUUAUCAGAUUUGCAAAAUUUAUUUACAGAAAGGUCAAAUCAAUUAGAUGACUUUAAGAAUUCAUAUAUUGAGCAGUCUCAGAAAAUAGAAGAUUUACAAAAUUUAUUAACUGAAAAAGAUAAUGAGGCAAAUGAAAAUGGGAAAAUUAAUAUAAAAAACGCUCAAAUUAUAGAAAACUUAGAGAGUCAAAUUUUAGAAAAAUCGCAGAUGAUAGAAAAUUUAGAAAAUUCACUCAUAUUGAAAAAUGAAGAAAUCUUGAACCUUAAGUUAUUAUCAGAUUGUAAAUCUCAAAAAUUUAUUGAGCAGGAAAAUAGAGUUCUAUCUUUGGAAAAUGUAAUUUCAGAGAAAUCUAAAUUGGUUUUAGACUUACUCUUCUUCUAAAUGCAUCUUUAUUUUAUGUAAUAUUUUUUUUUUAUAAACAAAUAUUGAUUAAUAAAGCUUCAAUGCCAUAUGUUAUUUGAAAGAAAAGCUAGAAUUUUCACUUAAGCUAAAAUCAGAAGAAAUCUCAGCCCUCAAAGCAUCUUUAGAUGAAACUGUCUUAUCGCUUGAACUUAAAACAAAAGAAAUUUCAAUUAUCAAAAAAUCUUUGGAUGAAAAUACCUUAUUGCUUGAAAUUAAAUCAAAAGAAAUUUCAACUCUCAAAGCCUCUUUAGAUGAAAACACUUUAUCGUUUGAGCUUAAAUCAAAAGAAAUUUCAGCACUAAAAGCAUCUUUAGAUGAAAGUGUUCUUGAUAUAACUAACGCCCAAAAUGAGAUUUUAGUUUUGGAAAACAAAAAUAAUGAGCUCAAUCAAAUAAUUUUCUCGAUUAAAGAUCCAUCAGGUCCUUACGCAACAGCUAUUGAGGAAAAUAAGGCUCUUAAUAACCAAAUUUCUAUCAUGCUUCAAGAAAAAGAAAAUAAUUUGAAAAUUAAUGAUGAGCUGAAAAAAGAAAUAGAAAGCAAUAUCAAACUUAAUGAUGACUUGAAAAAAGAAAUAGAAAAUAGCUUUAAAAUUAAUGAUAACUUGGAAAAAGAAAUAGAAAAUUUGCAAAGUUCUCAUUCAGAACUUAUUGAUUUUGAAGAAAAUUCAAAAAAUACAAUUAAUGAGCUACAAAACAGAAUUGCGAAUUUAACUAAAGAAAUUUUUUCUUAUCAAGAGAAAGAAGCCUCUUUAAUAGAAAAAAUAAAAUCUUAUAAAGACCAAUAUCAAUCUCUAUUGCAGGAAUAUGAAAAACAAGAAAAAAAUAAUAAUAAUUUAAUUGAUGAACUUAAUGAAAAAGAUCAAAAUGAAGAAGCUUUAAAUGAAAGAUAUAUUGAGCUAAAAGCUGAGCACCAAAAAGUUUUAUUAGAAAAUGAAGCCCUUACAAAUACCAAAAUUGAGCUGCUGAAAGAAAAUGAAGAUUUGAAAACAAAAGCAAAGGCUGGAAAUGAAAUUUUAGGGAAAACACUUGAGGAGCAUAAAAUUCAAAUAGAAAAAUUGAAAGAGGAAAAAGAAAAGAGGUCAAAUGAGUUGACUAAUGAAAUCAAACACUUAGAAUCAGAAUUAUUCAAAGAAGCUGAAAACCAUGACAAUCUCGAAACAAAAGUUAAAAAACUGUCACAAGAUUUGGAAGACUCUCAAAAGAACGCAGAGCAUUACCAAGAGCUCAGCAUUCUUGUCUCUCAGAAAAAUGCAGAGAUCACACUUGAGCUCGCAAAAUUAAGAGAAAUCCCACAAGAUGAUAUAAAUGAGCUUAAAUCUGAGCUUGAACUCCUUAAAGAAGAAAAUUCCAAACUUAAAGAGGAAAACGAAACGAAAAUGGAAAUAUUGAAAACUACAAAUAAAAAUAUUUUGGCGACUAGAAAUGAAAUUAACAUGUGGAAAAAGUGCAUUGAUGAAAAGAAUAAUACUAUUCAAGACCUCAGAGACAAAUUAAGAAAAAAUGAAGAAGCCAUUUUCCAAUUAAACUCUGAAAUCAAAAAAAAUGAAAUCCCUAAUGCUCAAAAUGAGGAAUCUGAAAUAAAAUACCUUAAACAAAUUGUACAACUGCGAGAAAAAGAGCUUAAAGAAUUAAAAGAAAAAGGUCAGGAAUAUUACUCCCAAGCUGAUGAAGCCCUUGAAAGCCAAAGAAGAGAAAUCGAAAUAAUAACUAAACGAUUCAGUUCUGCUCAAGGAGAAGUAAAAAGACUUAAAGAAGAGCUUAAAAUAAGCUUGCAAGACAGAGAAACCAUGCUAGAAGAAAUAAAAAGACUAAGAAGUGAAGAAUAUCGAAGCGUCAAAGAAAACGAAGAAAUCAAAAAAAUGCUUUCUCAAAUAAGAGAAGAAAAAGCAAGAAUAUUAAAAGACAUGGAAGUUUUAAACAAGGAAAAUGAUAGGCUUUCAGGAUAUGAUAAUAUGAGCCAAAAAGUAAAAAUUCAUGAAAAAUUAAAAGAGGAAAAUAGUUUAUUGAAAACUCUCAAUGCCAAAAUAUCGGAUGAUCUUGAUACAAAAACUCAAGAAAAUGAGUUGCUGCAGAAGAGAUUUUUAGAAUUAGCCAAAAGAAAAGAUAUUGAUGAAGACUUACUCCCAUCCUUGAACAGAUGGCACCAUUGAAAAUUUGACGAAUAUACCUCAAAACUAGCUGCUUAUCUUUGAUAGUAAUAAAUCUUAGAGAUGAUACUAUAUAACUCCUAGUGAGUUCUAAUGCAAUUCUAGCAUAUUUGUAAAAAAAUUAAUAUUAUUUUUUAGUUUAUAAAUUUUAUGUAAUUUUCCAGUAGUUUUUUAAUUCCAUCCUUGAUCGAACUAUAGUAAUCAGCUCUAUCUAGGAUGCAGAGGAGUUAGGAAAAAGGCUUAAAAGAAAAGAUGAAGAAAUACAAAAUCUUUCUGAAGGCCUUGCAAGAAUUACAGAUUAUGUGUUUUCACUACCAAUAGUGAACGCAAACCCUGAAGAAACAAACAUAAUUGAUAGUACUAUCAAAGCAAUCUCCUGACUUUACGAAAAGCAUCAAGAGCAUAAUCACAAAGAAGACAGAGAACACUUCAUUCGUGGGACUUACCGAUCACAUACUGACGGUGCAGAACGAAAUACAUCAGAAGGAAGCUCGUCUCACAAGACAUCGGUUGCUCAAUACCAUUCUUUACUUCAUGCCUCAAUUCGAUCUGGAGAGCAUUCAGCUGCAAGUCUUGAGCACAGACAUCGUCAUAGUCAUAAAUAA